AUGAGAAAAUUCCCUAAUGUUAUUCUCUUCUCUUGCCUUCUUCUCCUUCUAACUUUUAUAGACGUUGAAGCAGGUUGUGAAGGCAGCUUAUUCGCCGUUAUCAGCACUUACAGCGAAAACCUAAACUCUCUUUUCUCUUCUCUUGCAAGUAAAGUCACCGCUAACGACGGCUUCUACAACACUUCAACCGGAGAAGGCCCCAACAAAGUUUACGGUCUUGCCCUUUUUGGACAAGGCUACAAGAAGCAAGGUUGUGCGAACUGCGUGGAGCAAGCGACAAUGACAAUGCUUCUGGCCUUGUACGAAUCAGAAUGCUGCUGUGACCUUGCCAUGAUACUCACUGCAAGUGCAACCAAUGAAUUUUCACCAGAAAAUAAGCUUGGUCAAGGUGGAUUUGGAACUGUCUACAAGGGGAUUUUAUCAAACGGGCAAGAGAUAGCGGUGAAGAGAUUAGUAAGUAGUUCAGGACAAGGAGAUACAAAGUUUAACAAUGAGGUUUUUACUGCUCUUGACAAGACUCCAACAUAA